CAUCUCCUCUUCUCGCUGUUUGCGGUAGUGAUGAACUCGUACCACUGGUGGCUGAUUGCCUCGAACCUGACCACCAACGAGCACCUCAACAAGCACCGCUACGUCUACUUGCGCGACGAGAUGGGACGAUACCGCAACGCCUUCAGCAGCGGCGUUCUGAGCAACAUUGGCGCGCCGCCGGGAGAGCAACACUGGAGAGCCCCGCCGCUGCGAUUUUCUGACGCGGAGCCGCACGACGAGCACCGACCC